AUGGUCGCGCAAGAAGAUCAAAAAUAUUGGCCUCUCGUCACAUUCGAGAAUGGGCAAAUUCAGUUCAACGAGGAUGUGGCACGGGCCACUUUUGCCAAUCCAAAAUACGAAAAUUUAAAAAUCAGUUUGGUUAGCGUGAUUGGUCCGACGAGAACCGGCAAAAGCUUUUUGAUUGCUUAUUUGGCCGAGGGGGCUCCGUCUCGUUUCAUAACUGGACGUUUCAAAAGCGGUUACGAUCCGGUGACAGAGGGGAUCAAAAUUUUCUUCAGCCCGCUGAUUUUUCGGGAUGACUGGGGUAUACUGCACGCCGUUUUCUUUCUGGACACCCAAGGCACUUUCGAUCUAAAGAGUGACCGCGAAAUCUCCGAGUGGAUCACCACGCUCAAUUUUCUCAUUUCUGACAUUCAGAUAAUCAAUUUGAAAGGAAAUAUCAACGGUGAGGAUUUGCGAACGGUGCACAGAGCCUCCGAGGUGGCGGCCUCAAUGAAUGAACAUCAGAUGGCUAAAAACCUACUUUUUCUGGUACGAGACACCGCGCAGCCGAACAUGGACAGUGCCACGUUCCUCAAUUGUGUUUGGUCACGCUGCUCACAAUCUAAAGAAUUGGCUAAUGUAGUCACCUCGUUGCGAAAGAGAUACCCACAAGAGCACACAAAAUGCAUCUUGACGCCGAUGCCUUCAAAGGAUUUGAUUAAAGCCGAUAAUUUGGCAUUAAUUCGGGGAGAUGAUUUGGACAUUCUUCAUCGUUUUGAAGAAGUGGAAAAGCUCAUCAAAAAGACGAUCGCUUUAAAUGAUCGAUCUUUUCGAAGCCCGGAUGAUCAUAUUUAUUAUUGGAAGAAUGCUAUCGAUUUUCUGAUGUACAGAGUCCCAAGAAUCACAACAACUACUGAGAUGACAAUGGAGUCUUUGAUUAUCAAUGUCUUUGAUGAAGUUUAUAAACCAUUGGCUGCUAUAUUAGAGAAGACAACACUCGAAGAUUUGAAAACCGUUGGUAUUAGACUUCAGCAAACUAUGUCUAACUAUUUUGACAAGAAACCGGUUACCGAUGUCAAGUUAAAAGCAGAACUUGUGAAAAGACUCACGAAACAAAUUGAGAGUGACCAUUACAAAAGGAAACAAUAUUUGGAAGAAGAAAUGAAUGCCAGAGUUCAAGAAGAACGAGAGCAAGAAAUGAUUGAAAAUGUGAGGGAGAGGGUACAAGAACUUGACUCAAUCGAAGAAGCGAUCAAGUUCCACCAAGCUGGACAUCUUCAAGAAGCUUGUGGCGGUUCUCUAAAAGCCCAAAGGGCUUUAGAGUUUAUUCACUCACGAAGAAGUGGAACCCGUGCUUGUGGAUGCUCGCAGCAUUUUUACGAAAACUGUGGAGAAUGCGUUGAAGUUUCACGAGAGAAUCCAACAAAA